AUGUCUUCAAACGCAAGUUCAAUGGACCCUGAGAAGGGAAUCACAAAUUUACACUUGGAGGAUGCCUCUACUCAUUACCAACUAGACAUCUCUGAAGAACACAAGCAAUAUCUUAUUGCAAAACAUCGAACAUAUGAUUUACACCCACUACCAACUAUGAGCAAUGAUGAUCCUCUAAACUGGUCAAAUGGAAUGAAAUUCUUGCAAUUGGGGAUGGUGGCAUUCCACGGGUUUAUGGGAACCUUUAUGGCGUCAGGUAUAGUUCCCUCAUUUGGCAAGUAUUCAGAGAUUUUAGAAAAACCUGUCCCCACUGUAUCGUAUCUAACUUCUGCCCAAAUUGUCCUCAUUGGAACAUUCCCUUUGGUAUGGGUACCACUUAUGCAAAGAUAUGGUAAAAGAUUGUUGUUGAUAAUCUCGGCAUUGGGCACCACGGCAUUUACAAUUGGUGCAGUUUUCAGUACUGAUUACGGGACAUUAAUGGCAAUGAGAUGUUUACUGGCGGUAUUUGUGUCUCCUGGUUUAGCCGUGGGUGGUGCCAUUGUUAAAGAGACUACAUUCAGUCAUCAAAGAGGUUCAAGGAGUGGAAUUUGGGCCAUUUCAGUCAACUUGGGAACAAUGUUUGGUGCUUUUCUAAUGGGGUUUGUUGCCCAAUAUCAACAUCCGAAAUAUGUACACGUUGUUUUCGCAUGUGCAAUGUUUGUGCUUGCAAUUUGCUAUUUGUUACUAGGCAAGGAAACAUCUUUCAACCAAGUUGAUAUCAAUAGAAACGAACCAAACAGAUUUAAGCAAUUGCAACCAAGAGUGAUAUUCCCAGAAAACACAAUAAGACCACUAGACUUUAUCGAACCUUUGCAAUUCCUUUUCGUGCCAAGGGUAUUCAUUCCAGCAUUUGGCUACACUAUCAUGUUUAUGCAUGGAAAUAUUGCCAUGAACGUUGAAAUCCCUCAAGUGAUGGUCGGCAAGUUCGAACUUGGUCCACAGGCUUUGGGUUUGCAAUUCCUUUCGUUUGUCAUUGGAACUGUGAUUGGGGAAGUUGGUGGUUACUUGUCGGAUAGGUUGGUUGUUUGGGGCCAUAGAAAUAACAAAGGACCUAGUUUCAGAUUGUGGAUCACACACCCAGGUUACAUCACGUGCAUUGUAGGUUUGGUUGUGUUUGGCGUACAGUUGCAAAACAUUGACCACUACAACAUCACUCCCUUGAUUGGUUGCGCAAUAGCUGCUUUUGGUUUGCAGAUUGGUACUUCUCCCAUCAUUGCUUACUGCAUAGACACAGACCAUUCCAAAGCAGUACAGAUCAGUUUGUUUGUGACGUUCCUUAGACAAUUGCUUGCUUUUAUUGGUCCUUUUUAUUAUCCAAAGAUGUUUGUUAAUUUAGGUUUUGCAAAAGCUUAUGGUAUUAUGGCAGCUCUUGUUGGAGCCUUUGGAUGGAUUGCAACUAGUUGCUUACAAGCUUAUGAGCAAAGGCGUGGUAGAUAA